AUGAGUUUUACAAGACAUUAUAAGAAGUGGGAAGAAAAACUUGGAAUUCCCUUCGAGAAAUAUGGAGUGUUGGUAUCGAGAUAUCCAUGGCAUGUAUUGAUUGGAUGUGUGACCAUUAAUUGUCUAUUUGGGAUGGGAUUGCUCUGGAUAGAAAUUGAGACAGAUAUCGAAACUCUCUAUACACUCAAAAGUAGCCCGUCAAAGGCUGAACGUGCUGCUGUCAAGGCUGUCUUUACAGAGGACAAAUCCGGCUCUAACUUCUACUUCAAAAACAUUAUAAAGGAACAAAUGUUUGCGGAAAUCAUUGUUAAAACAAAAGAUGGAUCAAAUAUUCUUACUGUAAGUUACCUGGAUGAAAUAGAAAGAAUAUACAACUACAUCAUAGACAACGUUAACAUAACUAGUGAUGGAACAACUCUCGGUUUCCCACAUAUCUGUGCUUUACGAAGAGGAAACUGUGUUGUUGAAGGAGACGCUAUUUUCAGUAAGGCCUUCCGCAACGCUCUGACAGCCAACAACAUCAACUAUCCAUUGUUUAAUUUUGAAUAUCUUGCUUUCACAUUUGGCGAUGUUCAAUCAUCAGGAGGUUACCUUACUUCCGCUAGGAUGAUUAAAUUAACUUUCUUUCUGCGUCAAGACACAACAGCUGCAUCGACACUGUCCCAGUCCUGGGAAAAGAGAUAUAUACAGGUGCUGGCUGCUUUCUCCUCUUCCUUUGUCGACAUUGCCUUUGCGACAUCAUCAUCGAUAGAAGAUGAAUUAGAGAAAAGUGUCACAGGGGAUAUCCUAUACUUUGUUCUCACUAUCGUCAUAAUGUUGACUUAUGCUGGAUUGGUUACUUCAGGUGGAGACUGUGUUUCAGACAGGCAGAAUUUGGGUCGCGCGGGUGUUUUCGCAACAUGUAUCGCUAUCUUUGGAGCCUUGGGCCUUGUCAGUGCUGUUGGGGUCAAGUUUGUCAAUUUUGUGGGAACGCUGCCCUUCCUUAUUAUAGGUAUUGGUCUGGAUGACAUGUUUAUUCUGAUGUCCUGUCUGGCGGACUGCUCAGUGAAAGGGACGAUUGAGGACCGGAUCAAGAAGACAAUAAGGACAGGGGGCGUGGCCAUUACCAUAACAUCCAUCACUGACUUUCUGGCGUUCGCCAUUGGUGCAUCAGCUUCCUUUAUCAGUGUCAGGAACUUCUGUGUGUACGCAGGUGUUGCUGUGUUCCUCUGCUACAUUAAUCAACUGACAUUCUUCAUCCCGUGUAUGGUGAUCAACGAGAGACGAAUUGUCCGAAACGACCACUGUGGGACGUGCCAUCCAAUAAAACCCCGCGAGGAGUUACGAAUGAAAGGGAAAUCCAACUGUUAUAUUUUCUGUUGUGGGGGCCAGGCUCCGAAAAAUCGAAAAGACAAUGAAAGUCCUUUAGAAAAAUAUCCUAAAUAUCUUUUCCAAUACAUUGUUCAAAAUCCAGCUGGAAAAAUAGCGAUUAUAGUACUCUUUGUUGCUUAUUUGACAGCAACUGUUUAUGGGGUGAUGAAUUUUAAGCAGGGUCUGCUCUUCAGUAACUUGGUGACUGAGGACUCGUACUAUUAUACAUACAGUAAACUCGACGAGAAUCAUUUCACCUCGGAAUUCGCCAUAGGGUUUACCAUCACAUCAAAACAGAACUAUUCUGAUGUCACUACCCAGAGUCGUGUUUCUGACUUGUUAUCUAAUGCUAGAGCUGACGUUGAUAUCAAUUCAAAUUUCAGGUCAGACUGGCUAACGGAUUACAAGAGUUCUGGAAUUUACAAUGGUGAUAGUGAGGCAAGCUUUAUAGCCGGUUUGAAAACUUUUCUCACAAUCAGAACCGACCACGCUAAUGAUGUAGUACUUAGCAGUGCCGAAACGAGUAUUGUUGGUGCCAGGUUUUUCAUCUUGACUAACGACUUACCGGAGACCGAACAAAAAACAAACGUGAUGCUGCGAAUGCGCGAAGUAGCAGACAAGUCUCCACUUCCGGUAGUUUGUUUUUCUUGGCCUUUUAUAUUUUUUGAUGAAUACACUUCUGUUUUUUCUACAACAUUUACAACUGUCGGUAUUGCCAUAGCCGCCAUGUUUGUGGUUACCGUGCUGUUUAUGCCACAUCCGUUACUUGUCGUGUGCGUCACUGGUACCAUGGUGAUGAUAUGCGCGGGAGUGUUUGGAUUCAUGUAUUACUGGGAUCUUGCGCUGAGUGUUAUUACUAUGAUCGAGAUUAUCAUGAGUAUAGGAUUUUCUGCCGAUUUCAGCGCGCACAUUUGCCAUGCAUACAUAACUGUAGAUGGCGCCACAAGAAAAGAACGUGUACACAAAGCGUUAGAUCGUUCUGGUGGACCUAUAAUCAACGCCGCGGUUUCCUCAAUUUUCGGGAUCAUGAUCAUGGCAUUUUCAUCCUCAUAUAUAUUUAAGAGCUUUUUUAAGUUGAUGUUUCUAGUUAUGGUACUUGGAUUAGCGCAUGCAUUGUUGCUACUUCCGCUAAUCUUUUCCGUGAUAGGACCCGUAACGGAAUUAACAGUUACUAACACGUCAUCCGGAAAACAGGUAUACUUCGAGGCAACAAGUGUACAGGUAGACCGUCAAACAAAUACUAGUGCUAACAAACCCGAAUCACCGGGUCUGUAUAAUGUAUCAAUGAUGGUACCGUACGAUUUGGAUGCCAAAGACACACCAUCUACACAACUUUGA